CAUCAUUCCUCACUAAUGACCCCGCCAUUUUGAUUUUGUGCAGAAAUGUCUGAAAAGCAAUCGGGGCCGGGGAUCAAUUCUUAGCCAUAAUAGCACUUAAAACCAUGUUUCCUAGGAAAAAACAGCGAAAUCUUCGCAGAAGAAAUGACUCGGAAGAAUCUGAUGAAAACAAAGAUGUGCAAAUUCCGGGCCUUGGCGACUUGCCGAUGGUGGAAACCCAGGGUCCCGGGUCUGGUGCGAGCUCGCCUGGCAGCGCGCAUGGCGUGGUACUGCUGCAGAGCAAAAAGGACAAGUGGAAAAAGGCAGACAAAACGACAACUCCUGGGAAAAAGGCGCCCAGUUUGCUUAGUUUCGAUGAGGAAGAAGGAUGUGAAACAGAGAUGUUCCGUGUCAAAAAGUCCAGCCAUAGCAAACGGGUUGCCAACAAACUGAAGAAGGAAUGGAAGGAAGAACAGAUGAAGAAAGAGAAAGAAGAGAAAGAGAAGAAGGUGAACACACAGAUGUCCCUCGGUGAGUACACAUCGGAGAAGCUGCAGUCCUUGCGAGAUGCUCAGAACACCCCUGUCAGCCUGGACAAUGGGCAGGAGAAAGGGGAGAAGGAAGGAGAGGAUGGAGAGAAGGGGGAGAAGUUCAGGCCCAGCAUCAGAGCAGGUGUCAUCCCUGAUGCUGCCACCAUCCACGCUGCCAGGAAGCGUCGGCAGAUGCUGCGGGAGACUGGAGGGGAGGACUUCGUUCCCCUGGACGACACACAGCGUGUCCAGGGAGAGAAGUCCCGUCUGGUACGGGAAGACGAGAACGACAGAAGUGAUAGCGAGGAGGAGAGGAUCGACUUCCGUGGAGUCAACCCAGCGCGGUCUCGUAGGGAAGACAUUAUGGAGGUGUUAGAAGGAAGCGACAGUGAGGAGGGGGAACGUGACCAGGAUGAGGAAGUCAAGAGAUGGGAGCAGGAGCAGAUCAGGAAGGGCGUCAGCAUCCCACAGGUAACCAUGGCAACCACCACCUUAGCAGGGCUAUCUCUGAACAAGGUAAUGCCCUUUGUAGGCAAGCCACCAUGGAACAAGGUCCAGACCACCCAACCACAACAGGACUAUAACUACUACCAGCAGCAAUACAUGUACCAGCAGCCUUCUGUGUACAUGGGCACCCCCCAGCCAGUGGUACAGCCCUACAGUGGAGGGUACAACCUCCCCUCCAUGCCUCCCACCUCAGGCCCAAUGGUACCUCCCAGUCAGCUGCCUACAGUUACUCUGGAGUCUGUGAAGGACCGACUGAGGGACAGGUUGGAUUCCUUGAAGCAGGUACACUCCGCCCACCAGCGCGAGCACGAUAAACACACGUAUGACAUGGACUCCUCCGUGAACGUUGUCGAUGACAUCGAGGGGUCGGCAGACGACGUAGAGCGACAGUUCACGUUCUUCCAAGAGAUGAGGGGGUAUGUGAGAGACUUGGUAGAAUGUCUAAAUGAGAAGGUCCCCAAAAUCGACCAACUGGAGACGGCCAUGCACACGUUGCUACGGCAACGGGCUGAGAGGUUUGUACAGCGUCGCCAGGAUGACACCAAAGAUGAGAGCGAGGAACAGAUGAACAAAACCAACAAGGCGGCAGGCAGUCUGGACACGAUGGGCAGAGACUCUCCAGGCUUUGCAGAGGUCAAGAAGAGAAGAAUAGCUGAGAGGGAGGCGCGAAGGUCGAGACGGCGCCGUGCCAGGCAGGCGGUGGAUCCCCCUGUCCCCCAUCAUGAGGGAAUGUCCAGUGAUGAGGAGGAACAAGAGACAGACAUACUCAGGUUUAACUCGGAAAAAGAUCGCAUUGUGGCAGAGAGAGGGAAGGUAUUUGAGGACGUGGUGGAUGACUUCUGCACCUUCCGAGCCAUCAAGACCAAGUUCGAGAGGUGGAAGUAUGACUUUGGAGAGCCAUACAACGAAGCCUACAUCUCCCUCUGUCUUCCCAAACUCUUCACACCGUUCGUAAGGCUGGAGCUUCUCACGUGGAACCCUCUUGAGGCCAAUGCACAAGACUUGGAAGAUAUGGCCUGGUAUGACUCCUUGCUGUUUUACGGCUUCCGGGAGACGACCCAGCUCACCAAGGAUGACCCCGAUGUCAAGCUCCUCCCUAGCAUAGUUGAAAAAGUGGUACUGCAGAAACUGACUGGUCUUGCUGAACACGUAUGGGACCCGAUGUCGACCCGUCAGACCCAGAGGUUGGUAACCCUGGUACAGAGACUGGUGGACGACUACCCCACGGUUGCCGGGGACAACAAGGCCACGCAGGCGCUACUCAGGACCGUGCUGAGCAGGAUGAGGAAAACACUGGAUGAUGACAUCUUCAUGCCGCUCUAUCCUAAAGGGGUGUUGGAGAACAAGGCUUCGGGAGCAUACUACUUUUUGCAGAGACAAUUCUGGACCUGUGUGAAGUUGCUAGGUAACAUGCUGCAGUGGCACAGUAUCCUGGCGAGGGAGCCCCUGAUGGAGCUGUGUGUGGACGGCCUGCUCAACAGGUACAUGCUGCUGGCUCUACAGAACUCGGAAGUCAACGAGGACAGCAUUGAGAAGAGUCAGAAGAUUAUUUCCAGUUUCCCUCGUCAGUGGUUUGCAGAUAUAGAGGGUGACGAGACGCUGCCCCCCUUACAGAACCUAGCCCGUUACCUCAGCCACUCGGCCAACACCCUACACAAGAACAGCAUCGGCUGUCCCGACAUAGACAGGAGAAAAGCAAGGGAGAACAUUAAGCAGGUGGCUAAGCUGCUGGUGCAGAUCCAUGCCUUGGACCACGCCCUGCAGGUCGCCAGGGAACAUAGCCUGAAGGACCUCAAACAGAUGGUUGUCGGGCGGUAGCACAUGGUUACCAAACAGGAUACUGUAAAUGCAGAAAUGUUCGCGGUGGAUUAAUUAAGUGGUUUUUGCGGUGAGGUGGUUAAAACCACCGCAAACAUUUUUCUAUUAUGGUAUUAGACUGCAGUGUAUGGUGUUACCGCGAACUUAAAUCCACCACGAAAAAGCCUUUUCCCGCUACCGCGAAAUUAAAUCCCCGCAAACCUAAAUGCAUUUACAGUACUACAUCCGUCAGAAACUUGAGGAACAUGGGCCAUGAAAACAGAAAUCACCACCUGUAGCUUUACACUCAUCAGCUUGUGGUCAGUUAGUAUGGUAAAGGAUAUCUAGUGCAUUGUAAAGUAAGUCUUCAUGAGGUAAUAAUAUUGAGAAGCACAAACUUAGAUGGGUGAGGAAGGACUAGGUCAGAUUAAAGAAAUCUCCAAUUGUUUCCAUCUCACGUGAACUGGGUUGACAGACUGAUUCUGGUGUAGAAAUGGCCAUUGUAACAAACAUAUAAUUAAUGUGAAUUUAGUACGCCUCAUUCUUACAUAAAACUGCAGUUGGACAGAGGAUUCAUCCUUUCUGUAAUAACUUGAGUCUGUACAAGUCCAUAUUGUGUACUGGUGCAGUCUCUAUGCUAGCAGUAUGUUUAAUAAUAGUGAAGAAAUACUGUCAUGUUAGAAUAUGAUGUCCUUUCCACUUUUACAUUAUACAACUAUCAUGAGGAAAUACCUGCCUUUGAUCAACAUUUC